AUGUCAAAUCCUUUUGUUGUUUGGAACGCUACAUGGAAGUUGUUGGCCGAUGGAAUUUUGUAUGAAAAGAGAAAACAGCUGCACAAUCAAGAUUUUCAGCUCAGCGAUGAUGAUCUGAAGACUUUAUGUUUGAUUGAAGUUGAGAAGUUGCUUCAAUCAAAUGGGAAGAGUCUAAAAAAAUUUAAAACAAUGCCGUACCCCGACAUAUUGAAAACAAUCAACACCAACAACAAGUUAAUUUUGGAUCAAUUAAACUAUGACAAACAGGAAAUGGCCAAAUUACAUGAAUCAAUGUUGCUGAAGCUAACUCAAGAGCAGAGGUCUGUUUAUAAUCAGAUUAUGGAUUCAGUUUCGACUGGUGCUGGUGGUUUCUUUUUUUUAUAUGGUUAUGGAGGCACUGGUAAAACAUUUUUGUGGAAUACAUUAUCUGCGGCCAUUAGAUCUAAAGGCUCCAUUGUUCUUAAUGCGGCUUCAAGUGGUAUUGCAGCGUUGUUGUUGCCAGGGGGACGAACAGCUCAUUCUACUUUCGCUCUCCCAUUUUUGUUAAAUGAACAGUCUACAUGUGGUAUUAAAUGGAAGAGUGUAAGGGCUGAACUUCUUAGGAAAACUAAACUUAUCAUAUGGGACGAAGCACCGAUGAUGCAUAGGUUUUGUUUUGAGGCUUUUGACAGGACAAUGCGCGAUAUAAUGUCUUCUGUUAAUCCAGAAGCCAAUACUAAACCGUUCGGUGGAAUGACAGUUGUGUUGGGAGGUGAUUUCAGACAGAUUUUACUUGUUGUCAGAAAGGGAAGUAGGCAAGACAUUAUUAGCUCGGCAGUUAAUUCAUCCGACCUUUGGAGUUAUUGUCGUGUUCUAAGGCUUACCAAAAAUAUGCGGUUAGGCUCUUCCACAAUUCAAUCUGAGGAAGAAGAAAUAAAAAACUUUGCAGAUUGGAUACUUUCUAUUGGUAAUGGUGAAACUGGUCCCGAUGAGAAUGGUCAAUAUGUCAUUGAUAUUCCUCAAGACUUGCUUAUUCAAGACUGCCAUGAUCCCCUGAUGUCUUUGGUUAAUUUUACAUAUCCUGAUCUUUUGAGUAACAUGAAAAAUCCUUCAUAUUUCCAUGAUAGGGGAAUUCUUGCACCGACACUGGAAUCUGUUGAACAUGUUAAUGAUUAUCUUAUGUCCAUCAUCCCGGGUACUGAGAGAGAAUAUCUGAGUUGUGAUAGUGUUUGUCAGUCAGAUUCAAAUUCAGAAAUUCAGCCUGACUGGUUUACUCCAGAAUUUUUGAACGACAUCAAGUGUUCAGGAAUUCCUAAUCACAGGUUAAAACUAAAAGUCGGUUGUCCUGCAAUGCUUAUGAGGAACAUUGAUCAAGCAGCUGGUUUGUGUAAUGGCACUAGGCUAACUAUAACUGAGUUGGGGAAUAAAUUUAUUGGUGCAAUAGUAAUUACAGGAAAAAAUGCAGGAGACAAGAUAUUUGUGUCAAGGUUGAAUUUGAUCCCUAGCGAUCCUGGACUACCAUUUAAAUUUAGGCGCAAACAGUUCCCACUGACUCUUUGUCUAGCAAUGACUAUAAACAAAAGUCAAGGUCAAUCGCUAUCACAGGUUGGUAUAUAUCUUCCUAAGCCAGUAUUUACUCACGGCCAGCUAUAUGUCGCAUUAUCAAGAGUCAAAUCUAGAAAGGGUCUGAAGUUGCUCAUACUCAAUGAAGAAGGUGCAGUCUGCACUACCACUACAAAUGUUGUUUAUCGUGAGGUUUUUGAUAAUGUUUAG